CAAAACGGUCUCGAUGCCCAAAAAUUGAAUGCUCAGUUUGCAAACAUGUCCGUCAAUGAUCCUUGUAUCAAUGAUAUUCAAGCAUGUGUGGGCGGUGCCUUCGCACAGUGCGUUGGAAGGUCCUGGGAGCUCACGCAUUGCUCGUCCGGUCUGUCUUGCUACGCGCUUCCUCUCGUUAACAAAGCUGGCACCGCUCUCGCUUGUGACACAAAAAGUGAUGCUGAGGCACGCUUUGUCGCUGCUGGCGUUCAGGGAGGUGUAACCGGA